AUGGAGCUCGACACUGGAGCAGCAGUAUCGGUCAUGUCACAUUAUCAGGCUAAAGUGUUCUUUCCUGGUGUUCAUUUGCAACCAACAAAGAUGCAACUGAAGACGUACACAGGGGACAGCGUAAAACCUGUAGCAGUAAUGGACGUGCUGGUCCGCCACAAUAACCAACAGGCACGAUUGCCACUUUACAUUGUUCCGCAAGGCAGCAUACCGCUCUUAGGUCGCAACUGGCUACAGCAUAUCAGGCUAGACUGGGGUAGCAUUGGAGGUCUUUGCAAGGUGUCCGCUGCGUCAGGCAGUCCACCUGCAGCACCGGAAAUGCUGCUACGGAAAAACGAAGACCUGUUUAAGGAUGAGUUAAGGACCAUACAAGGAGAGCAGGCAAGCCUCCAGUUUACGGAUGACAAAGGGCCUCGAUUUCUAAAAGCACGGAGUGUGCCUUUCGCUCUUGUGAAAAGGGUACAGGCUGAGUUGGAAAAGCUCGAGAAGUUGCGAAUCAUUUCUCAUGUCGCCAGUAGCAAGUAUGCUACGCCAAUUGUUCCCGUGGUAAAGCGCGACGGGUCAGUUAGAAUCUGUGGAGAUUGCGAACUCACGCUGAACCCGAUCCUAGAUGUCGAGACGUACCCGCUUCCAAAGCUGGAUGAGCUUUUGGGAGCAUUAACGGGAGGUCAGAAAUUCACCAAAAUUGAUUUAGGUCGGGCUUAUCAUCAAGUCGAGAUGGUCGAGGAACCCAAAGCCUACCUGACAUUGAACACGCCCAGAGGCUUGUAUGUUGUUAACCGCUUGCCUUUCGGCAUCGCCUCAGCGCCGGCGACCUUUCAGAAGAUUGUGCAUAAUGUUCUGAAGGUCGUUGACGGAGUUACUUGUUACAUCGAUGACAUCAUGGUCACCGGAAAGACUGAACAGAAGCACCUGAAGAAUUCGGACGCGGUAUUAAUACGGUAA